GGGGUUGUUAUGCAUGUCACCUCACGGUGUUGUUUCUCCUUAGGCAGCCGUGGCAGCGAUGCUUGAGAGGGGCCUAUGGAGCGCGUUUACAUAAUCAACCGGAAAGCUCUUUUCCACGUUGGUCUGUGCCCAAGGGCUGACAAGCAAGCCAGAAAUCACUCUGGUUUGUGUUUCUGUAGUUCUUGAAGAUGUUUAAAGAUGGACACUCCUCCAGAUGAUUUCUGCCAUUUGCUAUGGGGAUCAUCAAAUCUGAGCAAGCUGCAGAGCUCUAGGGUAAGGAUCAGACGUGCAUGGUAGUUUUUCCAGAGAAAAUGCUUGCCAACCUUGGCUGAUGAAACUAGGCUUAACAGGGACAAGCGCGAGGCAGGCCCCCCGUGAAUUACUUUCCGUGGGUUUUAAAAAUUGGCUUAGAAAUGUUAAAUGUUUUUUGUUAAAUGACAUGUUUCUAUAAAUCAGAGCCUGCAGGUACCUUUGAGAGAGGCAACCAAUGAACACCCGGGUGGAGUCAGUUAAUACCACUGCUGUAGACAUGAAGGUUGGAACCCUUUUGCUGGCCAAGAGCCCCUGGCAGAUGUGCUGCCCUUCUCAGGUGGCGACCAACGAAGGGGCUUGGACACUGGGGACACCGGUGACGCAUAAAGAGUGAGAGGCCACGGUGGUAAGUGAAGUUAAAGAGUUUUAUUUUCUGUCCAUUUUGACUUUCUAUCCUUGAUUUUGUAUUCAACCCAUAUAAUCAUUUUCCCACUUUUCUACCCUCUUUUGUACAUAUAAUCCUUGAAAAAUCAUUUGCAGAAGAUUCAACAAAUAUCAUCUGGAGUAAAACGUGGGGCAUAUAGAGUCAAAGGAACAUAAGUUGUUUGUACAAUUGUUACACUCUAUCAUAAAGUCUCAGGGUCAUGAUAUUAAACUAAAACAAGUAGAGGAAUUUUUGCAGAUUAUUCGUGAAAUUUGCCCUUGGGUUCCUGAAGGAGGUGUGCUGGAUGAAUCUACAUGGUCUGUAAUAGGGAAAAAAAUUGACUACUUUUUCUUUUGUAAUAAGGAUGUGCCACAAUCUUCUGUAUUGUUAACUGUUUGGGGUAAGCUCGGCAAAUGUGUUUGCCCUUCUCACCCUUCCGUGCCACCCUAUUCUUCCCCCACUUCACUAAACAAACAGACAGAUCCUCAUUUCCCAAUGCCACCAAGCGUUGCAGGUGCUGACCUUCUCCCUGUCUCUCUGGAUCACUUGUUGAACGAGGGUCUUGCAGUCAUCAUAAUGAGUAUGAUCCUAAUUUGCUUGAUGCUCCAUUGACUGAAGUUAUUGUGACUCAACCGGAUCCUAUGGUAUCUACUCUGAGGACUGCACCUCAGUGGGACCCUGGGCCAGUAACUUUUACUUUGCCUCCAGAUCUUGCUCAUUAGUUUCAGGAUUUGCUUUCACUUUGCUCGCGAGCACUUACUAACCAGCAGCAGUUAUAUCCUGUAGUUCAGCAAGCAGCCACACCUUCUGGUGCUUUGCCGAUGGCCUAACCGUCUACCACUGCCGCUCCGAUAACACCGUUGACUCAUGCCUUAAUGUCUUUACAUAGAGGUUUUACUGAGUAUAACAAUAUAUUUCCUGCUCUUUAUCCUGUUAUUGAGGAGGUGGAUAAUCAAGGCAAUCCAGUUAGAAAUUAUGAUCCUAUUCCUCCUAAGACACUAAAGGAAAUAAAAGAGGCAGUUGCACAAUAUGGACCUACCGCUCCAUGUACUAUUUCUCUUAUAGAAAAUUUGACUAUCUCUGCUCUCCUCGCUUGUGAUUGGGGACGUUUGACUAAAGCAUGUUUAUCUGGUGGUGAUUAUUUACUUUGGAUAGCUAAUUAUGAGGAUGCUGCCUAUGAGCAGGCUGAAAGAAAUUGCCGUGACAAUGUACCUAUUACUGCUGAUAUGCUUGUAGGAAAAGGGCAUUAUGAGCCUUUGGCAGCUCAGGCUACCUUGCCAUCAGAAGCAUAUGCCCAGAUUAAUAUGCUCACUACGAGAGCCUGGAAACAAUUGCCUUCUACAGGAGUUAAAACGGAGGAAUUGGCAAAAAUAAGACAAGGUCCUGAUGAACCUUAUCAAGAUUUUGUAGCUCGGAUGCUUCAAGCAGUCGGUAGACAAGUACAGGAUGCUGAGGCUGGAACAUUGCUGAUUAAACAAUUAGCUUACAAAAAUGCUAAUUCUGCUUGUCAGGCUGUUAUUAGGCCCUGGCGUAAGAAGGGCACCUUGGUUGACUACAUUUGCCUUUGUGCUGAUAUAGGCCCUGUAUAUCAACAAGGGCUUGCCAUGGCUGCCGCACAGGCCGGCAUGACAGUAGCCGCUUUUAUAAAACAAAAAUUUGGCAAUAAAGGGGACAAGUCAGCUGUGAGGUGUUAUCACUGUGGGGCCUUGGCCAUGUGGCAAAAUUUUGCCAAGCUGUGAUACCUGCCUUGCCUGUUCCUCAAGCCAGCCUGCCUAACAUUGAGUCACAGCAGCCUGGGGAAUGUCCUCGUUGUCAUCGAGGUAAUCACUGGGCUGCUGAAUGUUGCUCUAAGUGUGAUGCUCAAGGAAAUCCUUUGCUUCCCAAAUCGGGAAACUCCCAGGGGGAGCUGUCUCGACCCGCCCCAGAAAUUCAGGGCACCUGUGAUUCGGGCAGUCUCUCCCCCAGUGGGAACAAAUCCAUUUUACAACUUUACAGAGCAACCCCACACAAUGCAGGACUUGACCUCUGUCCCUCCUCCAGACAAGUAUUAACUCCGGAUAUGGGCCCGCAAGCCAUUCCUACUGAUGUUUUUGGACCACUGCCAGCAGAUCAUGUAGGGUUACUUUUGGGAAGAAGCAGCUGGUCCUUAAAAGACUUGCAAGUUGUUCCAGGAGUUAUUGAUGCUGACUACACUGGAGAAAUUCGAGUUGUGACUUGGGCUCCACAAGGUAUUUACACCUUAACCCCUGAUCAGCCUUUUGCUCAGCUUUUGCUUAUUCCUGUUACUACUCAUGUAGGUAUUCCUUUAACUCAGUCCCCGAGAAAACAUAAAUCAUUUGGUUCUUCUUCUCACGCUUAUUAGGUGCAAUCUAUUUCUGCUCCAAGACCUGAAUUAACCCUUAAUAUUAGUGGAAAAGUAUUUCGUGGGUUAUUGAAUACAGGUGCUGAUGUGUCUAUUAUUUCUGCAAAACAUUGGCCUUCUGCUUGGCCGACAACUCCGACUAUGACCUCCCUCCAAGGCAUUGGUAUGAGUAAUAAUCCUGAACAAGCUGCCAAUCUUUUAUUUUGGUCAGAUAAUGAAGGUCAUGAAGGCUAUUUUCACCCUUAUAUUAUUUCAGGAAUCCCUCUUAAUUUGUGGGGAAGGGUUAUCCUGGAAGCUAUGGGGGUGCAUUUGGUAACUGGAGAUGUAGCUUAUCGUAUCAUGACUAAACAAGGAUGUCAGCCCAAUAAGGGCUUGGGCAAACAUUUGCAAGGUAUAACAGAGCCUUUGCAACUUCCGUGAAAAACUGUUCGCUCCGGGCUGAGGUAUUUUGCCUAGGGGCCAUUGCAAAUCCCGAUGCUCUUGGAAGUCUGAUUCUCUGGUAUGGGUAGAAUUAUCUGGUGAUAAAAUUGUAGCUGCCCGAGAGUUGGUUUGGGAACAACUUGAAGUGGGCCAUAUCAGAUCUACCCACAGCCCCUGGAAUUCUCCUAUGUUUGUUAUAAAAAAGAAAUCUGGUAAGUGGAGAUUGUUACAAGAUUUGAGAAAAGUAAAUGAAACCAUGGAAAUUAUGGGUUCAUUACAACCUGGACUGCCUUCCCCUGUGGCUGUUCCACAAAAUUGGAAAAUGUUAAUUAUUGACUUAAAGGAUUGUUUCUUUACCAUUCCCUUGGUGCCACAAGAUUGUAAACGUUUUGCUUUUAGCAUUCCAUCUACCAAUUUUGGCCAGCCUUAUGACAGGUAUGAACGGGCGGUCCUGCCCCAUGGAAUGGCCAAUAGUCCCAUCUUAUGUCAAGCUUUUGUUGCUAAGGCAAUUUUUCCUGUUCGGCAUCAAUUUCCUAAUGUUCUGCUUUUACAUUAUAUGGAUGAUUUACUGUUAGCUGCUUCUACUGACUUUUUUGUUGUUUGCUGCUUUUGAUUCCCUUAAGCACCGUUUGGAGCAAGCUAACCUGAUUAUAGCCCCAGAUAAAGUUCAAACUGUUGCUCCUUAUCAUUAUUUGGGCUGUAUUAUUGAGUCUCAAUGAAUUUCAUUUGUAACUCCUAAAUUGUCUACUGCAAAGUUAACCUCCUUAAUGAUUUUCAAAAAUUUCUCCGUGAUAUUAAUUGGAUUAGACCCAGUUUAAAACCUACUACUGGACAAUUAAAGCCUUUAUUUGAUCUUUUAAAAGGUUCUCCUAAUCCAUCAUUUCCCAGAAAAUUGACUGACUCUGCAAAGCAGGCAUUGCAACUAGUACAUCAAGCCCUUUUAGAUAAAAAAAUUAACUAGAAUUCAACUUAAUAUUCCUUGGUGUCUUUGUAUUCUCUAUACCUCUUACACUCCCACAGGUGUUUUCUGGCAACAAGGUAUAUUAGAGUGGCUUCAUCUCCCUGCAAGCCGCGGUACAGUAAUUUCUCCAUAUUAUGACUUAGCUGCCACUUUGGUGGCCAAGGGUCAUAUUUGGGUCCUGGCUUUAUUUGGAACUGAACCACCUGAAAUUAUUAUCCCUUACAAUACCCCUCAACAAACCUGGCUUUGGCAAUUUUCACAUAACUGGCAAGUUGCUUUCGCUGGUUACUCUGGUAAUGUUAAAUGUCAUUUCCCACCUGAUAAAGUUCUUCAUUUUUAUUCCCAAUGCUCUCUUGUUUUCCUCAGACUUGUGUAAGAGCUCCUUUGUUACAUGCCUAUUUAGCUUUCACUGAGGGCUCUUCCUCCGGUAUAGCUGCAGGCACUGUUGAUGCUAAACUGUUUUCUUUUAAAACAACAGAAUCUUCGGCCCAGCGUGUGGAACUUGUAGCUGUUCAACAUGUUCUCUCUAAUUGGGAUGUUCCUUUAAACAUCUAUUCUGACAGCCAGUAUGUUGUCCGUCUGGUUCAAGAUUUAGAAACCUCUCCAUUAACAUAUUCUGAUUCCUCUCCGAUCAUCCACCUUCUGUGUCCCUUACAGCAAACUAUCAGGCAAAGAUUGCACCCCUUUUUUAUUGAACAUAAUAGAGCUCAUUCUAUGUUACCUGGACCUCUUGCUGAAGGAAAUCAUCAUGCUGACCAACUGACUCAGUUAGCUUUUCCUGUUUUAAAUUCCCUUCAACAGGCUGAGGCGUCCCAUGCU